GUUUGCACAUGCAAAUUACUUAGCUUAUCUAUAUUACCAUAGUGAUGUUAUAUGUUGUAUAAAUAAUACUUUGUUUAAAUGCAAAAUAGACAGACAGAUAAGAUGCUUACCUAAAGUUACAUAUUAAGAACAUUUCUCUGGUUCUUAUCGUUAAUUUUUUUAACAGUAAACUAUAUUGUAACAAGACAAAUCAGUAUUAUAAAUAAAAAUAUUUAAAUUCUUGUGAACUAUAAUUUUUAAUUAUAGAAUGCUUGACAAUUUUAUAAAAAUUCUUAUCAUCUUACUAAGUUUAUUUAUUAAUUUUAUAUCUGUCAACGGAUUUUCAACAAAAUUACGAAGUUGGGAUGAUGUUUAUGGUUAUGAUGCUAUAUGGAAUUCACCUGAGGAAAAGGAAUAUACAUUAAAUGAAAGAACUUUAAAUAACAAUGCAUCUAAAUACAUUCAAAGUAAAAAUAAACAAACGAAGCUGAAAAAUCAAGGUUUUGCUGAUAAUUUAAUGCUAAUCGAUGGUGCAUCAAAAAAUGAAGGUACUGUAUUAGUUAAUCGACAUGGCAAAUGGGGUACAAUAUGCGAUGAUAACUGGACAUUGAAAGAGGCAAAUGUAAUAUGUCGUAUUCUAGGCUUUCCAUAUGCUUUACAAGCUACAACAAGAGAUUAUUUCUUUUCUAAUGGCGAAUAUGAUUACUUACUGGAUGAUGUCUAUUGUAAAGGAACUGAAUCCUAUUUAAAUGAAUGUGUUUAUUGGACAGAACAUGAUUGUUUAAAACGAGAAGAAGCUGGUGUUAUUUGUCUUAAUCCUGAACCAAUUAAAUGGCAAUAUAAUGUUAGGAAUCCUCAAAUUGAAAAAUUGUCUAUUACUGAUAUUAAAAGGAUGAAACAGCAAAUAUUUUGGUCUGAGCUGGAAACAUUUGAAAGCAGUAAUCUUUUUAUUGUCAAGGCUCGAGUUCCACAAGGUAGAAAUCGACGAAUGGUUAUUGGAGCUAUUUGUGUCGACCAGUUUCGUGGAGCUGAAGCGAAUGUAGCAUGUCGAAGCAUGGAUUAUUCAUUUGCUUCAUCAUAUUCUUCAAUUCCACUGAAAAACGUGAAGAUUUUUACCAUACCUUAUCCGGUUGUACGAAUCGGGCAUUGUUUUGGAAAUGAAUCAAAAUUAGAAGAUUGUGUUGCAUUCACUGAUCCAAACGGAGUGCCAUGUUCAAAUAAUAGUUUGGGAAUAGUAGUAAACUGUUCAACAGUUUUAGCUGAUUUGGAACCAGAUGUUAAAGCAUUGGAAUCUUCAGCUUACAGUAGUAUGAUUCCUUUAUUUCAAGCACAAUGUGCUUUAGAAGAAAACUGCUUUCCUCCGAGUGUUUAUAAUUUGAUUAACAGAAAUCGACAUUUAGCGUUGAUGCAUAUGCGUCGUUUAUUGCGUUUUUCUUCAAUUAUACACAAUGUUGGAACUGAUGUCUUUCGUCCACAUGAACCGCCUGAACGAUGGGUAUGGCAUGCAUGCCAUAUGCAUUAUCAUAGUAUGAAAGUAUUCUCUUAUUAUAAAGUUAUCAAUGCAAAGCAACAAAUUAUGGCUGUUGGUCAUAAAGCUAGUUUUUGUCUAGAAGAUAAUGCUUGUAAAAAUGGAUAUAAAAAACAUUUUGUUUGUUCAACCACACUAGUAACACGUGGGGAUCAAGGUAUUAGUCCUGGAUGCCAAGAUAAUUAUUUCCACGAUUAUGAUUGUCAAUGGUUAGAUAUUACCGAUCUAAUUCCAGGUGAAUAUACAUUUCAAUUGAUUUUAAAUCCAGACUUCUUAGUACCCGAAAUUACUUACAAGAACAAUGCUAUAGAAUGUCGUCUAUCUAUAGGACAUACAAAUCAUCAUUAUGCCGCAUUAUCAAAGUGCCAUUUGGUACAUCCGUAUGAUUUGUGAAAAUUCACAAUUGCACACGGUCACAUACAUAAACAUAUCAGUUUUACUUUGAAAAAACAUCAUAUAAAUUAGAUACAUUUAUUAUCCUGUAAUCACAUUAUAAUAUUGAUUCACAUGCAUCAUUGGUUAUGCACCAUGGACAUUUAUAUUAUCAGUAGAAAAUUAAUAAAAUUAUAUCAAGUGCUAUAUUUCACUAUUUUCAACUAAAUAUAUUCGGGAUAGAUAUAAAAUUUAUGUGCAACAUGUCUUCCAUUGAUAUAACUUGACUUUAAAAACCAACUGAAUUUCAAAACGUCAUCAACUUAAACUACUACUUAACAGACAAAGUUCAAACAAAUUCUUAUGUAAAAACAUAAACUAUAUACAAUUUACGGCUACUUUAGAGUGAAAAUCCUCGCCAUUAUCGGUCUAUAAGUAUAACCAUUUUUAUGAUAUACUAAAUCAUUAUUAUAUUAUAUAUUAUUCUGCUUGAAUAGAUGACUCGG